AUCAAACUUGACCUCCUUCUUCCGGUCCUUCUCUUGCGCGGCGGGCCGAGAUGGUGAACGUCCCGAAAACGCGCAGAACUUACUGCAAGAAAUGUGGGAAGCAUCAGCCUCAUAAGGUGACCCAGUACAAGAAAGGGAAGGACUCCCUCUACGCCCAGGGAAAGAGGCGAUACGACCGUAAGCAGAGCGGUUAUGGUGGGCAGACCAAGCCAAUCUUCCGUAAAAAGGCCAAGACCACCAAGAAGAUUGUACUGAGGCUGGAGUCUGUCGACUCCAACUGCCGAUCAAAGCGGAUGUUGGCUAUCAAGAGAUGUAAGCACUUUGAGCUUGGAGGAGACAAGAAGAGAAAGGGACAAGUCAUCCAGUUCUAAGCCGCCGCAUUACUUUUGAAAAUUAAAUAAAAUAUUCAAAAUUCAAA